ACUUUUUGGAAAAGGACAUUUUUAUUGCUAAAUUAUUAGGUUCCGGAGAAAGCUUCCAACUUGUUCUGUUCAUCCUUCGAUCAUGGCUACAGUUCAAUGCAUCUCUUGUGUUGAAUUGAACACGAAAGUGAAGAGCUAUCAUUGCUCUGCACAGUGCUUCUCAAGUGAUUGGGAAAGGCAUAAGAUUUGUCAUCGCCACUUGAGAUAUCAACAAGAAUUAUUAAGGAGAUCUGGCUCAUGGCCACAAUCACUUGAUGAGAUUCCAGAACAAGAAGGAGAAGAAUGGGUUCCAGUGGCCUCCUCAGAAACAUAUGAGCCUUCAAAUGCUGAUAUCAACUGCUUGCUGAAGCUGGAGUGUGUAGCUAUUGAUUCUGAAAACGGCAAUCAUCUGUCUUUGGUUCAAAGAAGAGUGAUCACUAAUCCUGUGAUUGCUUUCCCUGUUUGUUCCACACGCAGGAUGAUAGACAUUGGAAGUAAUGAUGAUGGUCCAGCAUUUAGUGUGUUAUCCUACAAUAUACUGGCUGAUAUACAUGCCAAGAACCAUCUUUGCUGUCCAACAUGGGCUCGUGUGUGGCAAUACCGUCAGCAAAAAUUGUUGAAAGAGAUCAAUGAAUAUGGUGCAGAUAUUAUAUGUUUACAGGAGGUACAAGAGAACCAUUAUAAAGAUUUCUUUGAACCUAAGUUGCGAAACCAUGGCUAUUCAGCUUUGUACAAGAGAAAAACAAAUAUCAAUGAGUUAUAUUCAGCCGAAGGAUAUAUAUAUGAAGGAUGUGCAAUUUUUUAUCGUGGUGAUAAGUUCGAAGUAACCAUGAAAGGAGAGCACAAUGUUGCCAUUGUGGUGGUAUUGGGACUGAAAAAUGGCAGUACUGGUUGUAACCUUCAACCAAGAAUUUGUGUGGCAAAUACCCAUCUAUAUGCUGGAAAGAACAACACUGAUCUAAGAGUAUCUCAGGUUGCCACCCUUAUUGAUAAACUGCAGGAAAUUGCCCAAUCACAGAAUAUUCCUAUACUGAUCUGUGGGGAUUUGAACUCAAUUCCUGGAAGUGAUCCUCAUAGAUUGAUAAAACAAGGAAUCAAUUAUGGAGAAGGACAUGGUAAUACUAGGCGGGUGAUCAAUCUGGAAAGUGCAUAUGCAGAGUUUCUUUCUUCCUCGGUGAUUGACCAAAAUCACUUAUUAGCUAUUAUGGAUCUUGACAAACGUGAGCCUCGGUUUACCUUUUGCACUCCACGUUAUUUUGGAACAUUGGAUUAUAUUUUCUACACAGCUGAUGACAGGUUGAAGGUUGUGGGCUUACUGGAACUUCCCACCAAACGAAGCCUGGGUGGGCCUCUUCCUUCUCCUUACUGGCCAUCAGACCAUAUCGCUCUCAUGGCACGCUUUAGACUCGUCAUGGACUGCCAUUUGAUCAACAUGGACCAGCAAGUGCGAAGAAAGACUAACUAUAUAUCAAUUACAAGAUCUUAAACCGGGGGGAAAGAAAAGGACUCGUGGUUGCGUUUUUGUGAAACAAUCAUGAGCAGCUGACACUUCUUCAGAUCAUGUUCUUCUGGGCCAAUAGCAAUUGGUCACUCACCCAGUGACUCAACAGUUAGUGUUUACACCAUAAAUUGCAAAAAUUUUA